AUGCUCAUGAGUCUUCGACAGUAUGAGUAUGCCUGCCGAAAUUCCUCUACGGGUCCUAAAAAGAAUUUUCUACUGAUGAAGGACUUUGUGCCGGAAACCUACUGCGUUGACGAUAUGCGGGAUCGCGUUCAAUUUCUUUCGACUCUGACAGAUGGUCAAGUGUGGAUCUACAAGCCGAGUGGGAUGAACCAAGGCAAGGGCAUCCAAUUGAUCAGAGGAAAGGGUGAUUUUGAAAGACUUCAAGAAGACUGCGUGGAAGAGUGGCGUCGAAACCCGGGUACUGUUCGACCACGCAUACUUCAAAGGUAUAUUGACCAACCUCUACUGCUGGAAGGAAGGAAGUUUGAUAUCCGAUGUUACCUACUUAUUGCCAGUGCCAUGCCCUUCUUGGUCCUUUUCCAUCCCGGCUAUGUUCGCGUCUGCACACGCAAGUACGAUGUCAAUAGCUACGACCUCCUAGUGCAUCUAACCAAUCAGUAUAUCCAGAAGAAGGACCCAAACUAUUCUAAACUCAAGGAAGACACGGUUUGGAGCAUGGACCGCUUCAACGACUACGUUAAUGCCAACUAUCUUGAAGAAAAGAAAAUUGAGCAGGAUUGGGUAAAAACGACACUCAUGGCAAGUUCUCUGCUAAUAUUUUUAAUACUCAGAGGUCUUUUGAUUUAA